CAGAGAAACACGUUCCUCUUUGAGAAGUCGGGCACUUUCUGUUGUUUCUGUGGGGAAAAAACUCGGCUCUCCCUCUGACCGACGUCUUCCUCCUUCCCUACAGGCACAUCAUAUGACUCCGGCGACAAAAACUUCCCGUUUGUCAAAGAGGAAACUGGAGAGGAGACACCGCGCAGCAGCAGCGGCGGCGGCGCAGGGCGGAGCGGGGACGGCGGCGGCCGCGGACAAUCAACGGAUCUGCCGCGCGGACCUUCACUAAAACUGCCGCUGAAGUUUCUGCAUGGAUUAUAUCCCCGACAUCUUUCUUAAAUCGACUUAUAUUGCACUUUUAUUGGCUGUUGAGUGACUCCAGACGUUGCCUCCCACCCGGUGUCUUAUGUCAGCUUGUGAUGAACUGAUUUAUAAACCAGUUUGACAGACUUGGCCCAGAUUUGCGCCGUAUUUCAUCCAACAAUCUGUCGGUGCAAUGUUUGUUUGCGAAUGGACACACGUACUUAGCGUGUACAGCAAAGACUAAAACUUUUUACAACUUAUUGGAAUAUAUAUAUGAAUUCGGCAUGCAUGACUCCACACAAAGCGGCUGUUAAUUCAACAAAAUCUCAACUUUUCCCCGUCGGUUUUGUUUUCCAUUGCGCAUCUGGUAUCGUAACUACGGCACUUCCACUGUCAGCGUGCAGGGUCGAGGCUUCUCAGUCACUUAUUAAUAGUAAUAUUCAUUUUUUUAAUGUUUAAAAAAUAGUGUCUAAAAAUACUGAAUGUCUCGCUAUUUUAACAUAUUAAAAUAAUCUUGAUUUGGGAAGAAAAAAGUCUACAUCAAUUCGCAUUUUAUUUGCUGUUGCUUAAUAUUAUUUCUGGAUUGAGUGACAUGUGUAGAAUUUUUGGAUAUACAAACAACCAAACAAAAAGAUUAACAUCUCACCCAAGAGCUGAAGUAUGCGCUUAAAUAAAACCGAAAUUCAUAAGUUACCUAUUUAGUCUCCAAAGGCUAAUAAGGAAAAGCUGAUAUUAAAAUAUGUUGUGUGAGUUUGCGAAAAGCCUUAACGUCUAUAUUAGUUCAUGCAAAUUCAGGCUGUUUGAUGAGGAUUGUAAGAUCAACAGAGUUGUGUGCUUGGCGAGGAUCACCUGAAGAACAGGUGAGCUGGUUUAUAUUGAUGUGAAUGGGCGUGUUCCUGCUGUCCUGCGGCAGCAUCAUGUGAGCUGUGAGCCGGGGUCAGCACUCUGACUUCCCGUUUGUUGUUGAAGAGGACUCGGGCUGCGGCAGUGCUCCAGAAUCAGCCUUUCAGAGCAGCCACGAUGAAUACAGCCUGAAGUACAUGAGCAACCUUAUGGGCAGCAGGAGACAGAAGGCAGUGGACGAUGGAGAGCGGAGUCUCAUUGGGUCUCCAUCCGGUGGGGACCUCCUGGACCAAAAUGCCUCCACGUCAGGGUUCGUCUAUGUGUUGGCGUUUUUCUCUGCCCUGGGAGGGUUUCUCUUUGGGUACGACACUGGGGUGGUCUCCGGGGCUAUGCUGCUCCUGAAGAAGGAGAUGAAUCUGAGCACGCUGUGGCAGGAGCUGCUGGUUUCCAGCACCGUUGGGGCUGCGGCGCUCUCUGCCCUGAGUGGAGGCUCCUUGAACGGGUGGCUGGGGCGCAGGAUCUGCAUCCUUUUGGCCAGUUUCAUCUUCAGCGUCGGUGGCAUCAUCUUGGCUCUUGCCCCAGACAAGGAGUUGCUUCUUGUGGGCAGAAUCACAGUUGGUUUGGGAAUAGGCAUUGCCUCUAUGACAGUUCCUGUAUACAUCGCAGAAGUUUCCCCCCCUCACCAGAGAGGGCAGCUGGUCACCACCAACGCCCUCUUCAUCACCGGUGGCCAGUUCAUUGCCAGUGUGAUGGAUGGAGCUUUCAGCUACCUGAGCCACGACGGCUGGAGGUACAUGCUGGGUUUGUCCGUUGUCCCCGCAGUGCUGCAGUUCUUUGGCUUCUUCUUCCUGCCGGAGAGCCCCCGCUGGCUUCUCCAGAAGGGCCGUGGCGAAGAGGCCCGUCAAGUUCUCAGCCGGAUCAGAGGGGGCCAGAGCGUCGACUCGGAGUACAACACCAUCAGAACCAGCAUAGAGGAAGAGGAGAAAGAGUCUGGUGGAGGAGGUCUUGUUAUUUUGCGGAUCCUUCGCCACGGUCCGACUCGCAGGGCUCUCAUCGUUGGCUGCGGCCUGCAGAUGUUUCAGCAGCUGUCUGGGAUCAACACAGUCAUGUACUACAGUGCAACCAUUCUGCAGAUGGGAGGGGUGCGGGAUGACAAACAGGCAAUCUGGUUGUCUGCUGCAACUUCUGCCACCAACUUUGUGUUCACCUUGGUUGGCGUCUGGCUUGUGGAGAGAGUGGGCCGCAGGAAGCUGACCCUGGGCAGCCUUUUAGGUACUGGUCUGAGUCUAACUUUGUUAGCAGUCGGAUUCUUGCUGUCUGCCCACAAUUCUCCACCCGUCAGCCUCCACCCAGUCGACUCUCAGAACUCGACCUGCAGACUGUAUGGGUCCUGUGAAUCCUGCAUGCUGGAUCCGGGUUGUGGAUUUUGUUAUCGUGAAAACGGCACCGGAGUGUACGACGCCUCCUGCGUUCCCGUCAGUCAAGCGCCCACAGAUCACGCCGCCUGGGGAAGGUGUUCCAACCAGACAGAGGCAACUGACAGCCCGAUCUGGGCCUACAACUACUGUCCAACAUCGUACUCCUGGAUCGUCCUGAUGGGCCUCAUCCUCUACCUUGCAUUCUUUGCUCCAGGUAUGGGCCCCAUGCCCUGGACAGUGAACUCAGAGAUCUACCCGCUGUGGGCCCGCAGCACCGGCAACGCCUGUUCAGCCGGGGUCAACUGGAUCUUCAACGUCCUGGUGUCUCUGACCUUCCUCCACGUCGCUGAGUUUCUGACCUAUUACGGGGCUUUCUUCUUGUACACCGGUCUGGUCGUGCUGGGGGUCCUCUUCAUUCAGGGCUGCCUCCCGGAGACCCAGGGCCUGCAGCUGGAGGACAUCGAGAACCUGUUCACCGGGCAGCUCUGCUCCUGUGGAGCCUCCUCACCCAAUGGCAAUCGCCACGUCCAGUACAUCCGGCAAGGUUUGGAACUCAGCGCAGCGCACUAUGGAGCGAUGGGAUCAGACAGUGCCAUAGCCUAUAUUACUGUAAGUACAGCAUCAAGGGUGCUCAGUGUGCUAAUGGCUUUUCUGCUAUGCUACAACACUGCUAAAUAUUCAUUUUAAUGUUGAAUUUCAUGUCCUUGUUUUUGCAGCUCAGAUAACAAGUAGACCUGAACAACUUUAUUCAGAGCACCUUUGCACAAACAUACAGAAACUGACAUUUCUGUGCAACUGGCAAAUGUUCCUUUAAAAUGUUUUCUAGAAGAACAAACUUCAUUUUAUUUCUAGUAGCGUAGGAGUGCUACGAACAUCUGGGAGUGUCAAAACUGAGUAGUCGUCUGAUGAUCGAAACAUUUGGAAAUUGCACAAAAACCUCUAUUUAUGGGAACAACAUUUCUUUUCAGUGUUUAUAGUAUCUGAAUACUUUUACAGAAUCAUCAUAAUCUGUAAUCCUUUCACAUAUUGUCUCAUUUGUCCAUGAAAACUCAUGGGGAGUAUUAUUAUAGCAGUGAUAUCACCCAGCCGCUGUUCAUGCAGAUCUGAGUGGUUACCAGUGACGCUGCCAAUUUGUAGAAUAGACUUCAUUUAGUCUCAGAUGGACAAAAAUGAUGAGUUUAUUGAGAAGAAUGUCUAUAGAUCAUAAAUCUAUUUAAUCUAAUUGUGGGGGCGGUGUGUUCAUUUUGGGCUGCAACUAACAAUUAUUUUCAUUAUUGAUUAAUCAACCAAUUAUUUUCACAAUAAAGUGAUUAAUUGUUUGGUCUCUAAAAUGUCAAAAAUUAUAUUACUAUCAUAAAUGACAAAGAAAAGCUGCAAAUCCUUCCCUUUAAGAACCUGGAAACAGCAGAUAUUUGGCAUUUUUGCUUGGAAAAUGAAAUAAUCAGUUAUCAAAAUAGUGAAAUCAAUUGUUUCAGCUCUAGUGUCAUUCACGAUUUGUACAUGAAAUGAUAAUUUGUAUAUACAGUCAAAUUCCAUGUCUCAUGCUCUGUUCAUGAAUCUGAUCUCUGGGAAAUAAAUAUCCACACCUUGAA